AUGGCCGUGCUUUGUACACAAGAUUCUUUUGAGCGUGGGUAUACUUCCAAUCAAAACCUCAGGCCACAAUCACAUGACCCCCGCAAUCAUCACCAAAUCCAAAUCCAAAUCCCACCGCCGAUCAGGCCAAUUGAACCACACCACCUCAAUUCCUCCUCUCGUCCCGCGAACAAAGGCAUCACCGCAAAUCCCAACCACAGCGAGGUCUCCACCCCUCGCCAACAACCACCCAAAAUGGUCGACAUCGUCCCGCUCAGCUCCUACCCCUCCUACAUCGACCUCCUCCCAUCAAUCCAGACCUGCAACAUCACCAACCUUCCCGAGAACUACUUCUUGAAAUACUACCUCUACCAUGCCCUGACAUGGCCCCAGCUGAGCUUUGUGGCGAUCGUUCGGCCGAAGGGCGGGUACAAGGCUGGAACUGGAAGAGGUGCUGCGGGCGAUGUCUCGGGACAGUACCCCAAGGUUGUGGGGUACGUGCUUGCGAAGAUGGAGGAGGAGCCUACGGAUGGAAAGCAGCAUGGACAUAUUACCAGUUUGAGUGUUAUGCGGACGCACCGGAGAUUGGGAAUUGCGGAGCGCCUGAUGCGCAUGAGCCAAAGAGCCAUGGCUGAGUCCCACCGCGCAAACUACGUCUCGCUCCACGUGCGUGUCUCCAACACAGCUGCGCUGCGCCUAUACCGUGAUACUCUUGGCUUUGAGGUUGAGAAGGUCGAGGACAAGUACUAUGCUGAUGGCGAGAAUGCGUAUGCUAUGCGCCUGGAUCUUACGGGCCUGUGGAUGGACUGGAAGGCCAUUGAGGCGCGGGACCGGGAGAACGAGAAGAACGAUGAUGAUGCACAGGAUGAGGGUGAGGAGGUUGGCGAGCUAGGCAAGAAGGACGAUGCCAAGGAUCAGGAGCGGAUGGUCAAGGUUAAGAUUGGACGUGCUUUGGGAGUUGGUGACUUGGUUGAGAAGAAUGAGUCGCAGCAAUAA